AUGUCUUUUGGCGGUUUCUCCCAGGGUGCAAUGGGCGGAGGCGGCAAUGCUGGUGCCGUAGUAGAUGGGCAGCCUCUGCCUACCAUUCAAACAGAGGCUCUUGGUUUCCAGACUGUUGCGGGCGACGCCAAAGUCGGCCUCACGAGUCCAUGGUCCCAACCACCGCCGUCGACCGCCUCGCUCCUCAGCAUCGCCCCGAAGAGGGGACUUGCCGCGGCGGCGGGCCCCGACUACGUUGCCUUCGCCACGACCGAGUCCAUCCGCAAGGCUUUCGAGGCGCCCAAGGACGGCGACACGGACGUGCGCGGCUACGAGCCCCAGCUUAGGCUGCCCAUGAGCAUGCGCAUCUCGCAGCUCGCCUUUACCGCCGACGAAAACUACCUGCUGCUAUCGGCCGAGUCGGGCGGCGGCCUCGCCGUCUACGAGGUGCAGGCGCUGCUGCAGGGCUCGACGAGCGUGGCAUUCGAGCUACCCACCGGCGGCCAGGCCCUCCGCGCCCUCGCGCCCAACCCAACCGCCGAGAAGGCUGAGCUAUGCGCUAUCGUCACGCAGUCGGGGGAGCUCUUCAUGGCGAACCUGCGUGAGAGACAGCUCAGCAACGCGCUCAAGUCGCAUGUCAGCUGCAUUAGCUGGAGCGCCAAGGGGAAACAGCUCUGCGCGGGCCUCGGCGACGGCUCCAUCCACCAGAUGACGCCUGAAGGACAGGGCAAGGCGGAAAUCCCCAAACCCCCAAGUCUUGGAGACUGUCACGUCUCCUCUCUCACCUGGCUCGAGAAUCACAUCUUCUUGGCUAUACACUCUACUAGCGACUCUCCGUCAGCCUCUGUAUAUCACAUCAUCACCCGAGAGCCUCCUUCGUCAUUCCAGUUCCGAAAGCUUGCUGACCCCGUCGAGCCAUUUGGUUCCGAAAAGACGCCUCACCACACUAUUCUGCGUCUGCGCAACUUUGAUCCGGACUUGCAAGAACUGCUCAUGGUCUCCUCGACAGCUUCUACCGAUGUCGGUCUGCUAACUCGAUCCAAGAAGGCACUUGCCAAUGAUUGGCCAGCGGACCAGAUUACAGGCGUGUUUACAACGACGGAGCUUCUGGAUGAUACGAGGCGCCCAACACUUCCAAUGACGGAUUCGAUGGAUGAUUCCACGCCAGUCGGUGUUUGCCUGGAUCUGUCAAGUAAAGAGAAGGUAUACCGGCCGAUCCCCUCGGACGAGGAAAUUACGGAAUCACCGAGCCCGCUUCCGGGACUGUGGGUACUGACGCAUGAAGGUAUUCUCUGUGCUUGGUGGCUUGUAUAUACGGACUCGAUCAAACAGGGAACCACCUAUCCUGGUCUUGCUGUUGCCGCUGAAUCAACUGCCAUGCCUCCUCCAGCCACUCCGAAGCCUGCGACCUCCCCAUUUGCUCCCGGAAAACUCCCUGCCUUUGGUUCUACUGCAACAGCCGCACCGGCGUUUGGAUCUACUACUCCUGCGGCGCCAGCAUUUGGCUCUGCUUCCGCACUGGGACAAAAUACUUCGCCCUGGGGCUCCGGGGGCGCAGCCACUACUACGCCGUCGCAAACAGGAGGUGCCACGUUUGGCCAGAGCAGUUUCGGCAAUGCACCGUCGACACCGGCGCCUGCUUUCGGAAAGCCCUCAUCCAUUGGCUUUGGCCAGUCUUCCCAGUUGGGUAUGAGAACCUCGCCCUGGAAUGUUGGCGGCGGCAACUCCACGCCUGCAUUUGGACAGUCGGGCUUCGGCAGUUUUGCCAACAAGAACAACCAAAGCCCGUUUGGAAAUGCGACAGGUUCGAAUGACAGCGGAGCUAGCCUCACGUCUCCUGCUUCAGGUGGCUUUUCUAGCUUUGCUAAAAGCACUGGUGGCUUUGCGGCCGCUUCAAAUGAUAAAGCUGGCACGAGCGUCUUUGGCAGCGGCGCCGCCAAACCAGCAAGUAACCCCUUUGCUCCCACGACGCCGGCCGUGGAUAACCCUUUCACACCCAAAGAUAAGCCUGGUGGAAGCGUAUUUGGCUCCACGCCCUUCAAGCUCGAGAGCUCGUUCAAGCCGGAUCCUUCGGCCAAGGACGAUGCUAACCACCCCGUAGCUUCUGGUUCCAUGUUUGGUAGUGCGUUCGGAUCGGCGCUGACAGGUGCUGGUAAUGGCGCGGACUCUUCCAACGUCAUCGCCAAGGACGAUGAAAUGGGCGAUGAUGACGCUACGCCACAGGCACCUGAACCUCUAAAAUCAAUCUUUACCACCAAAUCCGCUGAAGAAUCGACGACCCCGACUAGUACACCGGCGCCAACUCGAUUUGGAGAUGUCACUUCGCCUGCUCCGGCCACAUCCCUUUUCGGACAGCCCACAAAGCUCGGCAAUUCUUUCUCUGGAGGUAGUCUGUUUGGCCCCAAGAAGGACUCGCAUGAGCCCACGCCAGCUCCUAGCAUCUUUUCCCAGACUUCAGCUGCUUCCAAGACGGAGCAGCCUGCGAAGAAGGAGCUCGAAGCAUCGCUGCCUCCCGACGCCACUAGCAAAGUAUCGUUUCCUUCGGGUGUGUCCUCAUCAUCUUCUGCCUCCACAAGUACUACUAACCAACUGUUUGAUUUCGCCCCUUCAGCGAAAACGAAGCCAGAAGAGGCUCCUCUUCCCCCCUUUCCAGUCGCGUCAAAGUCCACCAAGCCUUUGGACAAGCCCGGCGAGGAGGCCCCCUUGCCUCCGUUCAAGUUGGCGCCGAAGAACAAGACUACAGCCGACCCUGCGCCACUUCCGCCUUUCCCAGGACCAAAAACAACAAACCUUGCCCAAGAAGCGCCGUUGCCUCCAUUCCCCUCAAAAGAGAUAGCAAGCACCGCUGGAGAUGCACCUCUACCCGCAAUUGGGGCGAAGAAGACAGCGAAGGCGGCCGAAGCUGCUCCCCUGCCUCCAUUCCCUGGACAAAAGCCUACAAAGCCCGCCGAAUCUCGAUCAUUGCCCUCUUUCACCCCGGCACCGAAAAUUGGGAAAGAAGCGUCGGCUUUUCCUCCCGGAGAGACAUCGGUAUUCAAGUCAACUAAGCCAACUGGGCCAACACCAGCGUUUGUGGCACCAACGGGUCCGCCCCCACCCGACUCUGACGAUAGCGACUUCGAUGAUGAAGAGGAUAACGAUGGAGAGGACGACAAUGUAGAAGAAGUCGAAGGAGAGGACGAUUACGCUGAGUCGGAAGGAAGCGGUGUUGACGUUGCCAAAGAUCUCAGCCCAAGCACUACUGGUCUUGUAGAGACACCCGGUCUUACGCCUCAGAGCUCCUUUGGUGGAAUGGCAAGCACGACUCCCGCGACAGCACAGCAUGCACAGAAUGCUAGCCGGCCUCUUUUCGGUGGGGUGGCUCGCAAUGCGCCUCUUUUCGGCAAACCGAAGAACAACGCAUCCCCUCGAUCGCCUAGUCCUCUGCGCGGUGCAAUUCCAAAUCGCGUUAUUCGCUCUGAGACUUCCAGGUCUGUCAGUGCUCCUGGCAUGGCUUCGCAGAUUCUUGGACAUAAGAACACUCAAUCACAUCUCGCUCAAUCCAUUACGAGUCGCCAGCAAGAGAGCAGUGAUUCGUUCCUGGUUCAGCAGCGAAAGCUCCGCGAGCAGCAGGAAGCAGCAGAGGCGAAGCCACUUGUUGACGAGGAGGAUGAGGAAAUUCAGAAGAUUCUCUCUUCAGAGGUCGAGCCCACACUUGUACUGGAUGAAUUUAUUGCCCAUUCAAACGUGGCUCCUCCAGCGGAGGAUAGCAUUCCUGCUCAAGUUGAGGCUGUGUACCGUGAUAUCAAUUCUAUGAUUGACACUCUUGGCCUAAAUGCCCGAGCCAUCAAGUCUUUCACGCGAGGACACCGCGAAACCCACGGUGAAGGACCUCGCAGUAUGGCGGAUCUUGAAGUUGCUGAUGACUGGGUUCUUUGCGAGACAGAUGACCUAGAGGAUGUACUUUCGGGGGAGCUUCAAGUAAACCUCGAGAGUGCGCGGGUCCAAGAUCUUUCCGGAAAGCUUGAAGCUUGCCAGGAGCUGGCUAAGGACAUGCAUCGGCUGCGUGCCAAGCAGGAGGAUCUGAAGAGAAUUAUCCUCGCUCGAAUGGACCCCGACCAGGCAGAUGUUGCCCGGUCACUUCCACUCAGCGCAGAGCAAGCGGCCCAGCAGAGUGAGUUGCGCCGCGAAUACACCAACUUCACGAAGCUGCUGGCCGAUGCUGAGGAAGCUCUUACGCUACUCAAAGCAGGCAUUGCCUCCGCGUCGGGUACUUCAGGCAAGGCGGCAGGGCACGGGUACACAGUUGACGCUGUGAUCCGCACCAUUCACAAGAUGACCACCAUGGCGGAGAAACGCAGUGGCGAUGUCGAUGUCCUGGAGACUCAGCUACGCAAGAUGAAACUGGGUUCCGUCGGCCGCGAAGAAUCACCGACGACGCCACAGCAGGCCCGACGCAGCCGCGUGCUCUCGCCAGAAUUGACGCCGUCGCGCACAGUGCGUCAGAGCAUCUCGUCCAACGGCGGUCUGUUGUUCGGCCAGUCGGUGCGCGCGACGCCGCCGAGGAAGAAGCUCAGCGGCUUCAGCAAGGAGGAAAAGGGCGAUCUUAUGGAUAAGAGAGCCAGGAGGCAAGCGGUACUGGAGAAACUCCGGGGCAGCGUGGAGAAGCGUGGAGUCAACGUCUGGAAUAUGGAGGAUGUUGAAUAA